UAAGAGUUAUUGCUUCGUUUUGCAUCAUUGAUGGCACAUACACUUUAAUAAUAUUCACUAACUUUGUUUAACUCUAUGCCUUUAAAAACUAAGGUCACCGUCAUAUAUACAAAUCCUUGGCUACACAUAGACCCUGAAUUUUGACAUUUAUCUACUCGCAAAGUAGUUUCAUAGUUUUCAAACAGUAGAAAUUUUGACUCAUGGUGUUUCUCUUUUUCUGAGAUUACAGCUAUCUGUAAACCGCGAGUUGACACAUAAAGAUCGUAAAUAAAUUGCGUUGAUUUGCGAUAAAUAUACGUUUAUUUAUUGCAAAAAUAAAGAUUUCGACAGGAUGUCUAUAAAGAUCAAGGAUCUAGGCAAAAUGUUAAGCUAAAUAUGUAUAACCGUACACAUCAGUUGCAAGCUUUGGCAGCAGGCCAAGCUAUAUCAAAUGCUUAUCAUCCUGAUUGUAUAAUAACGGUCUCAGAUGAACUCUCUUUGCAGAAUGGACCGAAGGAUGACGAAGGCGAAGCAUCUUUUGGACAGGAUUUCGUCCAGUUUAUGGCAGAAGUAGAUGCAACCAGAAAAUGUAUUAAAUUUAUAGAUGAUGGAACGGAAUCCAUCAAGAAACUUUUAAACCUUAGUCUAGAUGUUGUUACGAGCGCACAAAAUGAUGAAAUUAGUACUAAUUUGAACAAGUUAAUCGAGCAAACAAAUAUAAUUUGUACCCAAUGCAAAUCGAAUAUUACAAAACUUGAGCCAAAAAAAUCACAUGGAACACCCACAGAAACCAGAAUUCGUACAAAUGCAUAUAAUGUAUGCGUGAAACACUUUCAAAAUGCUAUGAAGCGUUAUCAAGAUGCUCAGGUCAAUUUCAAAAAAUCGAUAAAGGACAGAGCUACCAGACAAAUACAGCUGAUAUAUCCAGAGAUGAAUGAAUAUGAAUUGGAGCAAAUUCUUGUACAAUCAAAUACUCAUUCAGCUGUUGAGUAUGUUGCCAAGUCUAAUAUUUUAGGGGGUAUUAACCUUCGUGAUGCAGUAACGAAUAUACAAGGGAAAUACAAUGAUAUUCUCGCUCUAGAACAAAGUAUGGAGGGGCUGAAGCAAAUGAUGGUAGAUCUAGCAGGUGUUGUCUCAUAUCAGGGCGAUUUGAUCGAACAAAUUGAAAGAAAUGCUCUUGAGGCAGUGGAUUACACUGAUCGGGCAAAUGCACAAUUGAUAAAGGCUCAACAUAACAAAAAGCGCGGAGGAAGGUUGCUUAUGUGGCUUACUUGUUCAGUUAUUUGUGGAGGGAUCAUAGUUAUCAUACCCGUCAUUAUCAGACUCGCAUAAUAUUUUAAUAUUAUUAAACUUUU